GGAGCCGUCGUAGCAUUAGCGCAUAUUUCACCAAAGACUGAUCUUUUUCUGCAAGAUGAGAAACCUCCUUCUGUGUGGUCUAGUGGUCUGUGGCAUUCACUCGACCUACACGGUGACACACUCCUGGAAGAACUGUUUAACUGGCACCACAGGAGUGAGUGCGUUCCCUGAUUUUGUGGCUGUAGCCAUUGUGGAUGAAGACACAGUUGGGUAUUUUGAUAGUAGCAUCAAACGCUUACAGCUCAGACAGCAGUGGUUGGAAAACGUGGAUGAGACCUACAUAGAUCAUUACACCAGAAGUCUUAAUACCCUCACACAAAACUUCCAACUGAUGUUGAGAAUUUCCAUGGAGCUUUUCAAUCAGUCAGGAGGAAUCCACACGCUUCAACUCACGUUUGGCUGUCAUUUGGAUGAUGAGGGAAAAACCAAAGGUUUUGUUCAACAAGGUUAUGAUGGAGAGGAUUUUCUCACUCUGGACACCAGCACCUUCACCUGGAUUGCUGCCAACCCACAGGCCUUCAUUGUCAAGCAAGACUGGGAGUCUAGUGGAACUAUAACACAAAUCUGGAAAAUCUUUUUAGUGAACGAAUGCAUUGAAGUAUUGAAUUUGUUUAUUGACUAUGGCAAAGACAGCCUUGAGAGAGAAGUCCCUCCUGAGGUCUCUCUGCUCCAGAGGGACCCCUCCUCUCCUGUCACCUGUCUUGCCACCGGUUUCUUCCCCGAAGGAAUUGUGGUGUCCUGGCAGAAAGACGGAGAGGACCUGCAUGAGGACGUGGAGCUGUUGGAAACGGUGCCCAAUGAGGACGGAACAUUCCAGACCAGAAGUAGGCUGACAGUCUCACCUGCAGACCUGAAGAAGCACAAGUUCACCUGCACUGUGGACCACAGCAGCCUGGAGAAGAAGAUUAUCAAGCCUGUGUCUGAGGAGGAGAUAAAGACCAACCAGGAAAGACUUCCCCUUGUUGCCAUAAUCGUUGGUGUUGUGGUGCCUGCCCUUGUCCUGGCCAUCAUCACCGCUGUUACUGGGGCCAUUCUGUGGAAGAGGAGGAAAGCUGGAAACUCCGAUGUGCUUGAGGAAACGGCUAGCACCUCAGACAGUGGCUCAGACUCCUCCUCCAAUGCUGUAUCAAAGGUUUGA